AUGAGUAUGAAGAAGUCUCCUGCAGAACUGAAGAGCAUUUUUGAAAAGUAUGCAGCCAAAGAAGGCGAUACAAACCAGCUGUCGAAGGCUGAGCUAAAACUACUGAUUCAGGCGGAAUUCCCAAAUUUACUCAAAGGUCCAAGCACCCUAGAUGAACUCUUUCAAGAACUGGAUAAGAAUGGAGAUGGAGAAGUGAGUUUUGAAGAAUUCCAAGUGUUAGUAAAAAAGAUAUCCCAGUGA